GCGGGGCGUGCUGCUGUGUGGGCGUGUCCCGCGCCUGCGCACUGCAGCACAGCGGAGCAUGAGGCCGCCAUGUCGCCGCGGAACGGGCGGCGCACCGGGGCGCACCGGGCGCACUCGCUCGCUCGCCAGCUCAAAACCAAGCGGCGCCGGCGCGACCUGGACGAGAUCCACGCGGACCUGAAGCCCGAGAACGCCGCGCGGCUGCUGCGGCAGGAGAUCGACCCCGACCUGCCGGGCUGCGCGCAGUUCUACUGCCUGCACUGCGCGCGUUAUUUCGUGGACCUGAACAGCAUGAAGGAGCAUUUCAGAUCCAAGGUGCACAAGAAGAGGCUGAAGCAGCUGCGAGAGGCUCCGUACACGCAGGAGGAGGCUGAGCGUGCUGCCGGCAUGGGCUCCUACGUGCCCCCAAAGAAGGUGGAGGUGCAGACCCAGCCCCUGGAGGAGGUCACGGAGAUGGAGACGUCGGGCUGAGCGCAGGGACAGGGGCUGAGAGGCUCGGUGGCUCUGUAAGGACGCCUUUGUCUCAGCUCUGUGACAAAACCGUGUCCCAGCUCUGCCAGCCAAAUCCACCCUGCUCCUCCCACAGCCCAGGCACUGACAGGAGCAGGAGCCAGCAGGACCCUGGGUGCCCUCCCUGAGUGUCCUCCUCCUCAAAGGGACACAUUCAUUGUUCUCUGAGUGUGCUGGGACUGCACGCUCGUCUGCCUGCCUUUGGAGCAGUUCUGCUCUGUCCUUGGCUCAGAGGUUGUUCCAGUGAUGCACCCAUUAAAAUAUGUCAGCUGA